CAGGAUCAUUGUUUUCGAUAUUACACUGAGAAAUAUAAAGAAUCCAUAUAUAUGCAGAAAAUUUGGAAAAAAAUAUCAAAACCGUUGCAAUUGUGUCCGGAAUUGGGAAGCUGCAAUCGUUCAUUCCUGAGGUUUAUUCCUAAAGUUCAUUUCUGAGGAACAAGGAAGGAUAUGGACGAAGAAGAACGAUCCCAAUAUACUGAGAUUCUAUCCUGGAUGACUUGUGGUGUCAUGUACUUCAAAGAUAAUUCUCCAUAUUCUCCAGUUGCAGACUUUUUAAAACUCGGUCUAUUUUUACGGUUAUUUUUCACAUUUUCUGAAUGGAAAUUUAACUUGAAAGUAGGGAUCUCCGAGGGCUAUUUAAUUUGUAAGCAUCUCCUUGAAGCUGAGAAUUCGUCAUUAAGAUUAAUUGAAAACUGCAUUGCAACGGAUUCAAAGUUCUAUGGACAUUUUUUAAAGAUGUCUAUAGGAAGUGAAGUGUAUAAGUGAAAUGAAGUGUGGACUAUGUUAAAUGUUCAUCAAAUUCUAAAAAUCGACCGAGACGUGAAAUGUGGAGUCACCCUUUCAGUGUUCGCAGGAUUUGUGAAUAGCGUCCGUUCUCUUCUCGCACUAUUCAAAAAAGGGGUUCAACGAAUACGGACUUCUAUUCAAAGAUUCCAACGAAGGAGAUUGCCACUUUCCAGAUGAAUCAGAGACAACGGGAAAGCAGUUUUUGAAAUAAAAUUAUUUUUCAAUGGAACUAGAGAAGAACUUUUUUUCUUUACUGGCGCCUCGAACGUCUUUUUUAAUCUUAAGGAAGGUAAGUAAUAAAAAAUAAAAGAUAGAGAAAAGAAAAAAAACAUUUUGCAGUGAUUACCCACAUUUCCUGGCAAACUGUCUGAUGUAUGAACUAUGUCGGCCAAGGACAAAAGUAUCUUUAAAGAAUUCGUUAUAACGCCUUGGGGCAAAGAAUCACGAAGAAUAACAUUAAACACGUGUGUCUGUACAUAAAUAAAUAAGUUUACAAAUCAACAAAGUUAAGUGACAAAAGUGUGAUUUGUCUCUCUUGUUGUUUAUCUUGUCCUUGU